AUGUCAAAAGUCGUCGGGCAACCGUUGGCCAAACGAUUAAUGCCGGAAAAGAUGGCCGAGUGGCGUCAAAAAGUCCAGCAUCACUCCGACGAUUUAUUCAAUUACAUCCUCUUUCUUCGUAUCACGCCGUUCUUGCCGAAUUGGUUUAUCAACCUCACGGGGCCACUUGUUGGAGUUCCACUCAAGCCGUUCUUCUGGGGCUCUGUUAUCGGUGUGGCGCCACUUUCGAUGCUGGCGGUACAAGCGGGCCAGACGCUUUACACAUUGACCUCGACUUCUGAUACUGUCACCUUCAAAUCUAUCAUUUUCGUCGUCAUCUCCGCUAUUGCCUCCGUUCUUCCUAUCUACUUCAAGAGAAAGGACUCAAAGUUUUCUGAUGCUUCUCAAACUGAAAUAAAGACCAAAUAA